CUACAAGCUCGUUUCAUUCCAUUCUCUAGGAACCACUUUCUACACGUCCACCUCAAAUUCAACCAGCUUCCAAUAUCCUUGUAGUUAUAUCCAGUUUAUAUGUAAUAAAACUAGCUUUAGGAUAUAUGUAAUACAUAUGGAAUGGAUAAACUAGUUUUCUCGUAUUGCCCUUCAAGUAAAGUGAACGCCAAGUUUUUAAUAAAGGUAUGCUUUUUAGAAUGGCAAGAUGCCUUAGAUACACAUUUGUGUACCUUUCAGCUAUUUUCAGAUAGCGAACCACUUUCCUUAGUACAACGAUUUUUUGUUUCAAAGACUCCAAACAAAAGUGUGCUUCCAAUUGAGCUGUCUAGGUUUGCCAAAAACAACUGGGUCAACUUUGAGAUUAGCGUGGCGGAGUUUCCUGCGAAUUCGCACUUUUUAAUUUCUAUGUGGAAACCCUCUUUGCAUGAUGAAGCCAAGUAUGAGUUCGUUGGAAAUGCAAAAUACGCCUUAUUUGACGAAAACAAACUUUUAAGGCAAGGGCUACAGAAAAUACCUAUCUAUAACUUAAACGACGAAAUUAGAAAAAGCAAUCCACUAACUUCUGUUGAAAGCCAGAAAGUUCGUGAACUCGAGCGCUUCGACCAAUUGCUAUUUAAGCUUCAACUAGGUGAUAUUCCUUCGGUAGCAUGGCUGGACGAACUGUCAUUGACGAAAAUAAAGUCGUUUCGUUCUUCUUGCAUUCCUCUUGUUCACACUCCGCACCUAUAUGUCGAAUUCUUGCAGUUUUCAUUUCCUAUUUUAUAUCAAAAUCUAAAUUACUCGAAUAUAUAUACUCCUGUCUUUGGCUCAUCUUUCGAUUUGGAAUCAAAUUUUGACAGUCCCGCCGAACUCAAACAUCGCAGACUUGUUCGUUCUCAGCGCAAUGGUCCAUUGGACAGAGACUUAAAGCCAAACUCCAAGAUUCGUAAAGAAUUGGAGAAUAUUAUGUCCUAUCCUCCCAGCGAUGAUCUUUCCCUGGAAGAAAAAGAUUUAAUAUGGAAAUUCCGAUACUAUUUAACUAGGAAUAAAAAGGCGAUGACAAAAUUUUUGAAGAGCGUUAUGUGGUCUGACAGUACAGAAGUAAACCAAGCUCUUAGUCUUUUGGAUAGCUGGACUCAAAUCGAUAUAGAUGAUGCCUUAGAACUGCUUAGCCCUUCGUUCAAAAAUUCAACAGUGCGUGCAUAUGCUGUUUCUAGAUUGGAAACUGCAUCCAAUGAGGAACUCUCCCUAUAUCUUCUCCAACUCGUACAGGCUUUACGGUAUGAUAUUCCAACCGGUGCUGGGGAAAAUCCCAAACCAAGUCCUUUGGCAAGCUUUUUAGUCAGUCGCGCAGUUUCGUCUCCCAAUAUCGGAAACGACUUAUACUGGUACUUAGUGGUUGAAAUUCAAGAUGAACCCUCGAAUAAGCUAUUUUCUUCAGUGAUGUUCCUUUUUCAACAAGAACUUUCCAAAUCAACUGAGGGAAGAGCAAUACGUGAAACACUUGCUACUCAAGCCAAAUUUAUCGAAAAAUUACUUAGGUUGAGCAAAUCUGUUCAGGCAUACCGGGGAACAAGGAUAAAAAAAAUAGAAUACCUGAAGUCAGUCUUGAUGGAUUCCAAACAUCAUUUUAUGAAUUUUACGGCUCUUCCACUCCCUCUGGAUCCCUCUGUCAAUGUAGUUGGAAUUGUUCCUGAGGCUUGUACGGUCUUUAAAUCAACCAUGCAGCCCCUUCGCUUAGUCUUUAAGUGCCAAGAUGAUAGGUCAUACCCGAUUAUAUUUAAGAAUGGAGAUGAUUUGCGACAAGACCAACUUGUUAUUCAAAUACUGACACUCAUGGAUAAAUUAUUGAAGAAAGAAAAGUUGGAUCUCCAUCUUAAGCCUUACAGAAUUUUGGCUACAGGACCAACUCAUGGGGCUGUACAGUUUGUUCCAUCUAAAACCUUGGCUACUAUACUUGCUGAAUACCGGGGCAGUGUUUUAGCAUAUUUACGAGAGCAUAAUCCAGAUAAUGAUCUAAAUUCUAAUACUUAUGGCAUUCAUCCAGAAGCAAUGGAUAAUUAUAUUCGCAGUUGUGCUGGAUACUGUGUGAUUACCUAUCUACUUGGUGUCGGUGAUCGUCAUUUGGAUAAUCUACUAAUUACGGAAGAUGGUCAUUUUUUCCAUGCGGAUUUUGGCUACAUUUUAGGAAGAGAUCCCAAGCUUUUUUCACCGGCUAUGAAGCUUUCAAAAGAAAUGGUCGAAGGCAUGGGAGGGUACAAUUCUCCUUUUUAUCAACAAUUUAAGUCAUAUUGUUACACUACAUUUACUGCCCUUCGAAAAUCUUCCAAUCUUAUCCUUAACCUUUUCUCGUUGAUGGUGGAUGCCAAUAUACCAGAUAUAAAGUUUGACAAGGACAAGGUCGUUUACAAAGUGAAGGAGCGUUUUUGCUUACAAAUGUCUGAAUCUGAUGCCAUCAUGUAUUUUGAGCAGCUAAUCACAGAUUCUGUCAGUGCUUUAUUCCCUCAAAUUAUUGACCGUAUGCAUAACCUUGCUCAAUAUAUGCGCUCGUAAAUAGAACGUGCCCCCAGUUUGCCUAGAUUUGCAUGAUUCUGAUUUUAUUGUUUUUUUUUUUUUUAUUUUAAUAAUGCUAAUGUUUAUGAUUAACUUCUUAAUAAGAUCUGAAUAUCCU